AUGGUGGCGGCAUUGGCAUGUUGGUGGGUUCAGUUCUUUUGUUUGACUUCGGGUUGCUCCCCUGCAGCUGGUUGCCCAUCAGCAUGCAGCGCAACUAGCGUGCGAUAUUACCAAGUUGGCUCUGUCUGGUCCAUUCCACCAUCCCCAAGUUAUUACGCCAACUGGUCCUCCUCCAAUUUCUUCCGCACCGUAGACUUUCUCAGUUUUAAUUUCCAAACGGGAGAAAACGAUGUGAUUCAUGUGUCAAGACACGAGUACGAGAGUUGUACAGCCUGCAACCCCUUUAAGGUCAUGAACUUUGGUCCGGCAAACUUUCCACUCACCGAGCAAGGUGUCUUCUAUUUUAUCAGCAACUUCUCGAACUACUGCGCGCUUGGGCUGAAGGUUUCGGUCAAGGUGCACGGGUGCUCCUCCAUUAACGGAUCUCAGUAUGCUCCAUCACCAUCACCUUCUUCGCUUCCUGCUCCUCCAUCUCCAUCGCCUUCACGGCCAGCUCCUCCACGUGCGAGGGAUGGAUCUAACAAGCCUCCAGUUCCAAGCCCGGCGCCAUCGCCUAAUUAUGGCUAUCCUCCAGAAGUUGGUGCUUCUAGUACUGAUCAUGACAAGUCUAUGGCAACAUUGGAGCGUGGAAGGUUCGGCGUGGGUUCUUUUGGAAUUCUCUUUCGCUUGGCUUUUGAAAUUUGUUUGGCGGGAUUUGUCAUUCUUGGAUGA